AAGAUUGCGAGCUAACCGCAAAAGGUUUUACUUUUGAAAGCUCGUGAAUCUCAGACCUGCGUGACUGCGCGCAACAAAAGACUGACCAUGACGGCCUCACAAAAGCCACAGACAACGGCUUUGUUUUUCUGGUACUAGUAGUAUCCUUGGAGACAUAUCAAGAAAGAAGCAUCUGGGCUACUACUUUUGGACCCAUCCUUACUCCCUGCAGCUAGUUAUCUAUCUCUUAUCAAUUGAUCUUUGUGUUACCUGUCAAAUCGAUCGUGCCUGACCACGACAAAGCUUUGAAGAGAGGAGACUGAGGAGUCGAGUCCAGCCAACUGCCGUGGCUACCUUCGGCAUUCCCAGCAGAUAUCAUUGACCCACAGCCAGAAGAGUCGACGAGAUGAUGCAGCGCAACGCCCAACUGAUUGGCGGUCCGAAUAACAAUAACAACAACAACGCUGCGAGCAGUAGUUCUUGGUUUGUGGGUGCCCCCAUCUCGCGUCUGUACGCCAUUGCCACAGUGGUCUUUUACGUACUGUUUCAUUCCAAGUCGGCUCAUGAGAGCAUGAUGAUGGAUUCCUUUCGCAUGCUACGUGCCUCUCAGUACGGCAACAGCAGCAGCGAAUGGCAUCGGUACUGGUCCAGCAAGCUGACAUUUGGCAGCACGGGGGAACUCGUCAUGGGCGGAAUGCUAUUGACCUAUCUGUCGCGACAAUUCGAACGAGAAAUGGGGUCCCGCAAAUUUGGAGUCUUUCUAUUAGUCACCACUAUCAGUGCCAUGAUGAUGGAAAUGGCCUUUGUCGUGGGAGUGUCCACCUUGAUGGAAAAAAGUCAGGGAUACCGAUACCAAGGACCCUACGCCGUAUUGGGAGCACUCAUGUAUCUGUUUCAUCGGUAUACGCCCAGAUUGCAUCCGAGAUUCUUUGCCAUUUUGGGAUUCACUUUUUCCGAAAAGUCAUUCUACUACUUUUGGUUCUCUCAAGUCGUCGGAUACGGAGGAACCUCCACCAUUCUCGCAACAGCAUUGGGAGUCGCCACAGGAUACAUCUACAUCCUCACAAACUUGCAUCAAACCGUCGAUAUACCCGAUGCCAUUGCCAAACCAUUGGCGUCGCUAGGAGCACACUUGUCUGAUCCACCUCCACGGAUGGUGGCACCCUCGGGGCGACGAGCUGCAGCGGGAGCUGGAGGAGCUGGCGCAGAUGCCUUGCAGCGACUCAUGAGAAACAACCUACCACCGGCACAACCACCGCAAAGACCGGCAGCAGCCGCUCCACCAGCACCACCCGAUCCGGCGGCCAUUGAACAAUUAACUUCCAUGGGUUUCGAUCGACAGCGGGUCAUGGAUGCCUUGCAGGCCACAAACAACAAUGUCGAACGAGCAGCAGAUCGACUGUUGAGUGGGUAGCUGCCUUUUAUUUCUUAUUUUUUAAUUAAAAGAAUAGAAGGGAUCCCUGACACACUGGGCCCGAAAUGAGGACCAGCUGAUCCCCACACAAGCCCCUCCCUACUGCUCAGCAAAAAACCAGUAGCGUUGGGAGAGAGCUUUCAAACAUCUAAACGAAUAGAAACAACUACUUCUUACUUAGAACGUUCUAGCUAGCUACUA